AUGCGCCUACCGAAUCAACUUCUACAAGGCUUUGCAGCUGCAACCUUUGGUACCAUCAUUGUCCAAGCGCAAGCAAGCUGCUCAGAUUCGUUCUCCCCCUUGACAGCCUCAGCCUUCACGGCCAGCUUGAGCCCCGGUUGGAACUUGGGCAACACACUGGACGCAUUUCCCACCGAAGGCAGUUGGAAUAAUGCGCCGGUGGAAUCUAGCACCUUUGACGAUGUAAAAGCAGCGGGCUUCAAAAGCGUCCGCAUACCAGAAGUGACCUGGGCCUACCAUUUCACGGGUAGCAGUAAUGAGGGAGAUUCACCUAAUUGGGAUCUUGAUCCUUCCUGGUUGCAACGCGUGUCAGACGUCAUCGACAUGGUCACCGAUCGCGGUCUUUAUGUUAUCGUCAACGCCCACCACGACUCGGCUCUUUGGGCUAAUGUGGCCAUAUCUGGAGCCAACUACACAAUGAUUGAGGAGAAGUUCUACAGACUCUGGUACCAGAUCGGCACUAGUCUCGGCUGCAAAGCGUCGACGGUAGCCUUUGAACCCAUCAAUGAACCUCCAGGAUCGACAGCAGAGCACGCCGCCGAGUUGAACAAGCUGAAUAAUGUAUUCUUGCAGGCUAUCAAUGAUGCUGGUGGCUUCAAUUCACAGCGUGUCGUCACCCUUGUUGGCCCAGGAGAAGACAUGGCCCGCACCAGCCAGUAUUUCGAGCGACCCGAUCCAAUCUACACCAACCCUUACGCACUUCAAGUGCACUAUUAUUCACCCUAUGCAUUCACGUCGGCAGCAUGGGGAAAAACCAUUUGGGGCUCGGACGCAGACAAGCAAGCAUUGGAGUCGGAUUUCUCGCUGCUCAGAAACAACUUCACUGACAUCCCCGUUGUCAUUGGAGAGUGGCUCGUAAGCCCGGUCAUGACAGAAACUGCUGGGCGCUGGAGAUACUACGACUACCUUUCGCAGAUGGCGGUCAAGUACAACUUUGCUACAAUCAUAUGGGACUCUGGUGCUGACCACCUGGACCGCGCCGCCCACGCGUGGCACGAUCCAACGUCGCUCAGCGUGCACGCCAAUGCCCUGAUGAGCAUCAGUAAUAGUCUGCCAGAUGCGACGACCGAUUCAUCCUUGACAACUCAAUUCACGUCGGCAUAUAUUUUCCACAGACUGGGAUCUACCGUGCAGGACUACGACCUAUUGUUUAAACUAAAUGGCAACUCUGUCAGUUCCAUAACCGAUGGCUCCACUACCCUUUCUGCAGGGACGCAGUACUAUCUUGAGGGAGAUAAUAUCACGAUUUCCGCUUCAUAUCUUUCCGACUAUUUCGCCUCCUCUGCCACUGGGGUUCUAGGUACCCUCAUUAUCACGUUUUCUGCCGGGACCGCCAUACCAGUGCAAAUCCUGCAAUGGGAUGUACCCGUGGCCACCACAACUAGUGCAAAAGCUAUUGCGGGGAAUGAUACCGCGGUCUCGAUCACUUGGAAGGGGCUUGGCAAGCCAGCUACUGUGAGCGCCUACAAGUCGGACGGAAGCUUUCUGGUAGACGACUGGACCAUCUACCUCGGCCCACUAGAGCAGGGACGAACAACGUUUGGUGGACAGUGGAACUUUGCAUGGAACCAAGCAGGUGUGACAAUCACCGGUACAGCCGCCUCGGCGGUGGUUGCGGCCAAUCAAUCCACGACUUUCGUCGUAGAGGCUUACCCACGAGUUGCUGGAAACAGCGCCAAUUUCACCUUGACUGUAUAA